AUGCUUGAGGCUCUCUGCGAACGUCUCGAAAAGCCGGAUCUAUACCAGGAUGAGAUGGCGGUCUUCUUGUGGGAUGAGUUCCGUGUCCUUGUGACAUCAUACAGCAUCAGAGUGCUCGCAUCGGCUGGGUGGUCGGAGAAAGCCGCAAGGAGGAUAGCGAGGGAGCGAAAUACCGAAUUGCGAGACUACAACCUCCAUACUAUAUCAUCCUUCCAAUCCUACCACUUAGUGGAUGUGGAUGAGUCUGGCUGUGACAAACGAGUGGGAUUCCAACGAACAGGAUGGUCUCCAUUAGGGGUGACGCCUGUCCAAAUUUCUCGAUUCCACCGCGGGCAACGAUACCAGAUACUGCCCGCAUAUGCCCAGGAUGGUGUUGUUUUUUCGCGUGUUUUCCGGGGAUUGACGGAUGCGGUCGUGUCUGAGGAUUUUAUACGGCAACUCCUGCAUCACUGUGGUAGAUGGCCGGAACCGAAGUCUGUUCUUGUUAUGGAUAAUGCAUCUUUUCAUCGUACGGAGGGUGUUCGGCAGAUUUUUUUAGCGGCGGGUGUCAAAUUGGUGUACUUGCCGCCUUACUCGACCGAUCUUAAUCCGAUCGAGGAGUUAUUCGCUGAGCUAAAAGCCUUCAUCAAACGACGAUGGCUGGUGUAUGAAGAGAACCCGGAGCAAGGAUUUAAUAACUUCCUGGAAUGA